AUGCUGGUCCGUGCUCUGCUCUUGCUCUCCGCUGUGGCACGCGGCCACAGCGCGCACAUCGGGAGGGCGGACGCGGCCUGGGAGAGCCUGGGGUGUGAUGUGGGCGUCGAAGUGGCACCCCCUGAGACCCCCGGCAGCCUCCCGGUCCUGACCCUGUGCCAGACUCAGUGCCAGUCUCAGCUCGACCAGACAUGGUUCGUGGGGUCAGUGUACAGGCACGAGGCGUGGCUGGCGAGAGAAUACGGUCUUAUGGUGGAAAUCACGUACGACAAGGACAGCACAAUGUCCUGCCAUUUGAUGCCUAUUCAGCCCAAGUCUGACCUCCUCAGUAAAUUUACUGACUGCACAACCGAGAACAUUGCCACCGAGAAUCCCUCAAGCACCGAGAGUUCUUCGGGAACUGAAAGCCCUUCAGGAACGGAAACUUCUGGAACUGAAAAUCCUUCAGGAACGGAAACUUCUGGAACUGAAAACCCUUCAGGAACGGAAACUUCUGGAACUGAAAAUCCUUCAGGAACGGAAACUGGAACUGAAAACCCUUCAGGAACGGAAACUUCUGGAACUGAAAACCCUUCAGGAACGGAAACUUCUGGAACUGAAAGCCCUUCAGGAACGGAAACUUCUGGAACUGAAAAUCCUUCAGGAACGGAAACUUCUGGAACUGAAAGCCCUUCAGGAACGGAAACUUCUGGAACUGAAAACCCUUCAGGAACGGAAACUUCUGGAACUGAAAAUCCUUCAGGAACGGAAACUUCUGGAACUGAAAACCCUUCAGGAACGGAAACUUCUGGAACUGAAAACCCUUCAGGAACGGAAACUUCUGGAACUGAAAACCCUUCAGGAACGGAAACUUCUGGAACUGAAAAUCCUUCAGGAACGGAAACUUCUGGAACUGAAAAUCCUUCAGGAACGGAAACUUCUGGAACUGAAAACCCUUCAGGAACGGAAACUUCUGGAACUGAAAGUCCUUCAGGAACAGAAACUACGGAACCUUCUUCCAGCACUGAAGGCUCCCCAGACGCAGCCGGCCCUGGAGAUGAGAGUUCCCCCGAAAGCGGACUGCCAACGGCCGGACCCGGGGCUUCGACCACCCUCCACGGAGGCUCCUCCACCGAUGCUUCUUCCUCGACGAAGGUCAACUGCCCCCAGGAAACCGCUGCACCGCCUAUGUUGGUUUGCCCUGAGGGAUGGAACCUCUACGACCGGUCCUGCUACCACGUCAGCACUGAGAAGGGCUCGUGGGACAAGGGUCAGCAGUACUGCAGGAGUAUCAACAGCAACUACGCUAAGAUCUCUGACCAUGACGAGAAUACCUUCGUUGUCAGUCUUCUGACGGAUACUACGUGGAUAGGCCUCGAGGAUCAGGACAAGGAAGGAAGCUACUUCUGGGACGGAGACUCCACUCCGAAGUCCUCUGAUUCAUAUGCCGAUUGGGGCGAAGGUGAGCCCAAUAACUACAAGAACGAAGAUUGCGUGGAGAUCAAUGCUUUCAUUGGAUACUUUUGGAACGACAAGAAAUGCUCAACAGAGAGAAUGUAUGCUUGCGAGAGAGAGGCUGAUGUCGUCUACGUUGUGCAAACAGUUUAUCAAUACAGCCUAGGCCUAAUACUAAUACGUAACAUAUGGCAUAGAUCAUCCCACGAGGGUGGUGCAAAAAAGGCCGUCACAGCGUCCAGGAUUGAAAUUAAUUCACCUCCGGAACAGACUUUUGAGCCUAACGAAUAUAACGCCAUUUACAUGCGCUACUUUAAUUUCGGCUUCCUUGAUUCUAUAUGUUCGAAAUCUCAAGCAACUGAUUGUUUGGCAGCGGCUGGCAAUAUGGAAUAUCUUCGGGUCAGCUCCAACAUCUGCCAGGAAGCUUCCCUCGGUCUCGUGGUCAUUGAGGCCAAUCCACGUGUUGGCGGACAACAGGCCUGCGAACGAACAGUCCAGCUGAUAUUAGUCAAAAUUCCUGGGCGCUAUCUCUGCGAAUCCAGGAUUUCCAAACAACACAUAAAAAAGGAAGUAAACCUUACUCUUGACAAAUUCCCAUUCCUCUUCGCUGGAAAUCUUGACGUAGGCCCCGCCAUUGUCGCUGCAGUAGGCCCUCCCUUCCUCCCAGGAGCCCGUAGAGGAGCUGAGGUGGUAGCACGACCCCGCGUUCAGGAGCCAUCCCUCGGGGCACACGGUGGCGGUGGUCGUCGGCGGUGGGGUCGUGGUGGUCGUCGGCACCCGAGUCGUGGUGGUCAGGUGGAGGUGCUGGUUCCAGUUGGAAUGUUGGUUUCAGUUGGAAUGAAGGUUCCUGUAUUGGUUCCAGUUGGAGUAAAAGUUCCAGUGUUGGUUCCAGUUGGAAUAUUGGUUCCAGUUGCAAUGUUGGUUCCAGUUGGGAUGAAGGUUCCUGUAUUGGUUCCAGUUGGAAUAUUAGUUCCAGUUGGAAUGAAGGUUCCGGUGUUGGUUCCAGUUGGAAUGAAGGUUCCGGUGUUGGUUCCAGUUGGAAUAUUGGUUUCAGUUGGAAUGAAGGUUCCGGUGUUGGUUCCAGUUGGAAUGAAGGUUCCGGUGUUGGUUCCAGUUGGAAUAUUGGUUCCAGUUGGAAUGUUGCUUCCAGUUGGAACGCUGGUUCCAGGAAUGAUGGUUCCAGUCGGAAUAAAAGUUCCAGUGUUGGUUCCGGUUGGAAUGAUGAUUUCAGUUGGAAUGAAGGUUCCUGUGUUGGUUCCAGUUGGAACGUUGGUUUCAGUUGGAAUGAAGGUUCCAGUGUUGGUUCCAGUUGGAACGUUGGUUCCAGUUGGAAUGAAGGUUCCAGUGUUGGUACCAGUUGGAACGUUGGUUCCAGUUGGAAUGAAGGUUCCUGUGUUGGUACCAGUUGGAACGUUGGUUCCAGUUGGAAUGAAGGUUCCAGUGUUGGUGUCAGUUGGAAUGAAGGUUCCUGUGUUGGUUCCAGUUGGAAUGAAGGUUCCAGUGUUGGUUCCAGUUGGAAUGAAGGUUCCAGUGUUGGUUUCAGUUGGAAUGGAGGUUCCAGUGUUGGUUUCAGUUGGAAUGGAGGUUCCAGUGUUGGUUUCAGUUGGAAUGAAGGUUGCAGUGUUGGUUCCAGUUGGAAUGAAGGUUCCAGUGUUGGUUUCAGUUGGAAUGAAGGUUCCAGUGUUGGUUUCAGUUGGAAUGAAGGUUCCAGUGUUGGUUCCAGUUGGAAUGAAGGUUCCAGUGUUGGUUUCAGUUGGAAUGAAGGUUCCUGUGUUGGUUCCAGUAGGAAUGAAGGUUCCAGUUGGAACAUUGGUUCCGGUUGGAACGUUGGUUCCGGUUGGAAUAAAAGUUCCAGUGUUGGUUCCAGUUGGGGCUGAACUCGCGGUUGUUGCAGCGAAGGUAUUGUCACACGCUUGGAAGGCUUCAAGCAGACUGGAAGCUUUUGUCAGAGAAAGCACGAAUGAGAAGCAAACAGCAGACGGCCGCAUUCUUCACGAGACUGAGGAUGUCAGUGCUCGUUGGGAAGAACAUGUUCAAGAGCUUUUCGACAAUGAACAAGCACCACCAGAAGAUCUAUUCCUGGAAGCUGUGACAUCUGGUCCACCAUUUCUGAAGUCAGAAAGGAUCAGAAGACAAUUCCUACCCAAAAUAACAGAGACUCAUUUUGGGUACAACUCAGAUUCCUCGGGCAUGCGAAACCCUGAGUCGUCCAGAAUGUUCACUCAUCUGUUGGUCGUUCUUGUCUCCGUGGUAUCGCUUGGAGGGAGCAAUGCCUCCGUCCUGCGAGCUGGUGACCUAGAGAGCCAAGGCUGCGACGUCGGCGUGAGCGUUGCCUUCGUCUCCGGUCAGGACCCCCUGGUCUCUUGCUCGGCGCAGUGCUAUGCCCAGAAUGAGGAGACCUGGUUCGUCGGCUCGACAUUCAGGAAGGUUGCUGGUUUGACUGAGCGAGGACUCAUGGUAGAGAUCAAGUACGAGAAAGAUGCAAUGGUCGACUGCAGACUGGUGCCUUUGCAACCAGAAUCAGACAUCCUGAAGGCCUUUGAGUCUUGUCAAGUAGGCCAACCUUCGGACACGGCGCCAACAGGGGACAGUCUGCUGGGAAGCACAACAAUCAUCAUGCCAACUGGAACCAACGUUCCAACUGGAACCAACGUUCCAACUGUAACCUUCAUUCCUACUGGAACCAACACUGGAACCUUCAUUCCAACUGAAACCAACACUGGAACCUUUGUUCCAACUGGAACCAACACUGAAACCAUCAUUCCAACUGGAACCAACACUGGAACUUUUAUUCCAACCAGAACCAACGUUCCAACUGGAACCAACACCGGAACCUUCAUUCCAACUGAAAGCAACGUUCCAACUGGAACCAACAUAGGAACCUCCAUUCCAACUGAAACCAACGUUCCAACUGAAACCAACACGGGAACCUUCAUUCCAACUGGAACCAACACUGGAACCUUCAUUCCAACUGAAACCAACGUUCCAACUGGAACCAACACAGGAACCUUCAUUCCAACUGGAACCAACACUGGAACCUUCAUUCCAACUGGAACCAACACUGGAACCUUCAUUCCAACUGGAACCAACGUUCCAACUGGAACCAACACCGGAACCUUCAUUCCAACUGGAACCAACAUAGGAACCUCCAUUCCAACUGAAACCAACACUGGAACCUUCAUUCCAACUGGAACCAACGUUCCAACUGGAACCAACACAGGAACCUUCAUUCCAACUGGAACCAACGUUCCAACUGGAACCAACGUUCCAACUGUAACCUUCAUUCCUACUGGAACCAACACUGGAACCUUCAUUCCAACUGAAACCAACACUGGAACCUUUGUUCCAACGGGAACCAACACUGGAACCUUCAUUCCAACUGGAACCAACGUUCCAACUGGAACCAACAUAGGAACCUCCAUUCCAACUGGAACCAACGUUCCAACGGGAACCAAUACUGGAACCUUCAUUCCAACCGGAACCAACACUGGAACCUUCAUUCCAACUGGAACCAACACUGGAACCUUCAUUCCAACUGAAACCAACACUGGAACCUUCAUUCCAACUGGAACCAACGUUCCAACUGGAACCAACACAGGAACCUUCAUUCCAACUGGAACCAACACAGGAACCUUCAUUCCAACUGGAACCAACACAGGAACCUUCAUCCCAACUGGAACAAACGUUCCAACUGGAACCAACACAGGAACCUUCAUUCCAACCGGAACCAACAUAGGAACCUCCAUUCCAACUGAAACCAACACUGGAACCUUCAUUCCAACUGGAACCAACACUGGAACUUUCAUUCCAACUGAAACCAACACUGGAACCUUCAUUCCAACUGGAACCAACGUUCCAACUGGAACCAACACUGGAACUUUCAUUCCAACUGAAACCAACACAGGAACCUUCAUUCCAACUGGAACCAACGUUCCAACCGGAACCAACACAGGAACCUUCAUUCCAACUGGAACCAACGUUCCGACUGGAACCAACACAGGAACCUUCAUUCCAACUGGAACCAACACAGGAACCUUCAUUCCAACUGGAACCAACGUUCCGACUGGAACCAACAUAGGAACCUCCAUUCCAACUGGAACUUUCAUUCCAACUGAAACCAACACAGGAACCUUCAUUCCAACUGAAACCAACACAGGAACCUUCAUUCCAACUGGAACCAAUGCUGGAACCUUCAUUCCAACUGAAACCAACGUUCCAACUGGAACCUUCAUUCCAACUGGAACCAACGUUCCAACUGGAACCAACAUAGGAACCUCCAUUCCAAGCUCAGGCCCCGCCACGACCCCGCCCGUGGCGACUGAAAUCAUUGUCGAUGAGACGACGACGCUCCCAGACUGCGGGGACAACAGCGGCAAGGACGGACAAGGUGCGGGCCUACAGACAACGCCACCCGAGACGACUACCGUACCGCCAACGACCACCAGUCCUCCUACGACCACCAGACCUCCUACGACCACCAGACCUCCUACGACCACCACAACGCCUACGACCACUACAACUCCUACGACCACCCCAACUACCACGACCACCCCAACUACUACGACGACCCUGCCCCCGACUACCACCGCCCUCUCGUGCCCCGAUGGAUGGGUCAUGUACGACCGGUCGUGCUACCACUUGAGCAGUGAAAAGGGCACGUGGCAGGAGGGGAAGUCGUACUGCGAGAGCAGCGGCGGAUCCUUGGUCAAAAUCGCGUCGGAGGAGGAAUGGAGCUUCGUCAAGGGCCUGACCACGAAGAAUACCUGGAUCGGCCUCAACGACAGGGCCAAUGAGGGAGUCUUCGUGUGGGACUCUGACAACACCAAGCCGGUCUUCACUAAGUUCUCCAGCGGGGAGCCCAACAACUACAAGCCCUUCCUGUGGAGCGGCGGCGAGGACUGUGUCGAGUUAAAUGAAGGCAAAAACUUCUUGUGGAAUGAUGAGGACUGCGAUGAGGACAGGCUGUACGCCUGCGAACGAACACCUUUCGUCAGCAGGGGCUAAGGCGCGCGCAGCAGAGCUCCACCGCAGAAGGAGAGGGACUUUUGACAACACUCGUGAGAGACCAGUAGCAAUAGAUAUAUAUAAGUGUGUGUGUGUGUGUGGAUAUAUAUAUAUAUAUAUAUAUAUAUAUACAUAUACAUAUACAUAUGUAUAUAUAUGCUUCUAUAUCUAUGUUUAUAUUUACUUAUCUGACAACGUACGUAUCUAGAACGUGUUCAUUGCGGCAGAUGUAGAAAACGUAUGAAUGAGAAUGAAUAUCUAUACAAGGCAAGAGAUGUAUUUGAGCGCUUUCAAUGAUAUACACUGUUCAUUUUCUGAGAAAGAUAUAAUCGAAAUCAAAUAUAUUUCUUGUACAAUGAAGAUAUUCAUUCUCAUUCAUAUCUUUUCUACCUACACAUCUGACUUUUUAUCAAUCUAUUUAUUCAUAUUUAUUUUUAUAUCUCUACCUAUAUAUAUCUGUCUAUCUAUAUAGUACGAACACUUUUUUGCGAAUGGAACUUUGUUAAGAGAAGAGAAAGAUUUAGCAGAGGUUCCUCUCCAUCUGUCUGAGAGCAGGAUAUUUUCGAUUCGCCUUUCCCUGGAGCAAGUGUCAGCACGAGCAUCUUGUCGCAAAUUGGACGUACAUAUUUCUUGACUUCACGGGAUCUGAAAAAAUAAAACUGAAAAAUUAGAAAAA